AUGUUCAAUGCCCUGCCUGUGAAAACGAAGACAAUGGACACCUUCCAGAGGCAUGGCGGCCUUGUCAUCGAUGAGUUAAAGCUGUCGGAGCACCUGACUGUGCAGUCGUUUGGCCAUAUCCAGGGAUUUGUUGACAUGGGUGAAUUUACGCCACCAGACCAGAAAAAUGAACUGUGCGACCACGGCCUGGUUGUACUGUUUCAGCCACUAGCAGGUUCAUGGACGCAGGCAAUUGGUGUGUUUGCUUCACGAAACAAUGUAAAAGCAGACCUGCUUGCCAAGAUUGUGCUUGAGGCAGUGAUACUGUGUGACGAAGCAGGACUCCAUGUGGACUUUAUCACAUCGGACGGAGCAGCAUGGAACAGACAAAUGUGGAAAUCUUUUGGAGUUGGUAUCAAGCCGGGGGGUGUCAAGUGCAAGGUGCAGCAUCCAGUGUCGGCUGAAAGAAGUCUUCAAUUCAUCUCUGACUUCCCUCACCUGAUAAAAUGUGUGAGGAACAUGCUGGUGAAAGCUGGGUUCUGCACUCCUAAAGGCAGGGUCUUCAUAGAGCAUGUGGAAGCUGCAUGGAAGGAGGACAACCGCGCCAUUUGUUUGAAGGCCAUGCCCCGGAUCACCCAUUCGCACCUCCGCCCGAACAACUUUGAGAAGAUGAAGGUCAACCUUGCUUUUCAUCUUUUCAGUGGGGAGGUGCUACGUGGCCUUCACUUGUACAAGGAUGUCGUUGAACAGCAAUAUGGACCACUGAAAGGCACAGAAACCUUCAUAGAUCGUAUGAGACAGCUCACUGAGAUCAUGACUUCGCGAGAACCUUGA